AUGGAGAGGUACGCAGAGGCGAAGAAAGAGGCCGAGGAAGGGCUCAAGUUGCUGCUGGAAUGGGGCGUCAGCUGGGACAAAAGGAUGACAUGGGAAUCCUGGGUGUCUUGGGGUAGGGUGAUGCUGGACAAGGCCAAGGAGAGUGAGUGGCCUCGUACUGCAGCAGGCAUCACCAACCUGGGACUUGUGAAAUGA